AUGAUGGUGUUCUCGGGAAUUCUCAAAUCAACCAACCAAAACACUUCUCAUCCCUCAGCCACAGUCACCCUGGAUUCAACAUCACAACAACCUGCAACUACUUCUGAUGAAAGAAGCAAGAGUACCUCACCUAAAGUGUCAGCGACAGCGGCAUCUUUGACUACGGAUCCAGUGAGAAGCCCGUAUAUCCGAACGAAAGAAAACCUUCUACCCCUAGAUGCCGAAAUACCCGAUCUCCGCGAGUUAAACCACAGCCUUGAAGCGCUUGCGGCUAUCUUCCCCGAUGUUCAAGUCGAGGUGUUCCGCGAGAUGCUUUCGAGCUUCGAAGAAGAAUCUAGAUUGGCUGUCGUGACGGAAGCUUUGCUUAAACAUAAGAUGAAAUAUGUGCGGGGACGAUAUAGGGUCGCGUCGAAGGAGAAGGAAAAAGAAAAAGCUGAUGGCAAUGAAGAUGAAACAAAGCUACAGGACUCAAAGGGGAUUGUACCCGUGGAAGAGAAAUUUAGGUCUGAAGGAUAUAAGAAGGCUGUAAAGACAGUUGCAUAUCAUGAAUUUAAGGGUCUGCCGCGGUCGACAAUCAAUGCAGUAUUGGCGGAACGCAACCAUUCUUAUACUUUGGCUCGACCCACACUUGUCGAUUUAUCUUCGAAGUCUUGGCGAUUUUCUAUAUCAUCAUUCUUCUCUCGUCGAAAACCCCUGACGGCAGUGGAAGCAGGGCACCACCCUCUUGUGGUCUGGCAGUCGUCUGGACAAGGGUCUAUAAUGCCAACUAUCAAGACUACGGGAUCACCGGAACUGGACAAAGAAUUAUUUGAUUCUCUCAUUACACCUUUACAGGAACGAGCAUUAUUGGAACGAGAGGAGAAAGAUCAUGCCCUAGCACUCGAGAUAAAUAACCACGAAGCGGAAGAGCAGGAAGCUUUGCAUGAUUGUGAAUGUUGUUAUACCGCAUAUGCAUUUGAGGAACUCUCUGCUUGUGAUAUCGGAGGCCAUUUUAUAUGUUUUCAAUGUAUCAGACAUGCAGGUAACGAAGCCAUUUUCGGACAAGGAUGGCAGAGGAACAUUGAUCUCAAUGGUGGAACCUUAAGGUGCCUCGCGGCCAUGGCGGGUGAGUGCACAGGAUGUAUUCCACAGGAGCAGGUGCGACGAGCCUUCUUAGAAGAUAAAGGUGAAGAGAUUCUACGGAAACUAGACGAACGUCUAAUCGAAGACAGUCUUUUGAAAACCGGACUACCACUUAUUCGUUGCCCAUUCUGCAAUUAUGCUGAGAUUGAUGAGUUAUAUCUCCCAGAAGCUCAACAAUCGUGGCGCUUGAAACGACUUGGUCCAUCUUCUAUCUAUACUAUUUUAAUUGUGGUUUUGGGCGUUGGCAUGAUACCCUUCCUUUUACCUUUUUGCAUUCUUUUUUCUUUCCUAUUUUUAUGUCUUUCCUCAAAACGCACAUUUGGCGACUAUGCUAUCGAUCAAUUCCAAGAAUCUGUUAUUCGUUUGCGUAGGAAGCAACAUGGUCUUAAAUUCGUCUGUCAAAAUCAACGAUGUGGAAGAUCUUCCUGUAUUUCAUGUUCGAAAGCAUGGAACGAUAUUCAUAUCUGUCACGAGUCUUCUUUGCUUGCUUUAAGAACGCAAGUCGAACUUGCGAUGUCCUUAGCGAUCAAGCGAACUUGCCCACGUUGCAAUACGUCAUUUGUGAAGUCUUCGGGCUGUAACAAAUUAACAUGUGUUUGCGGUUAUCAAAUGUGUUAUGUUUGUCGCAAGGACAUUGGAUCUGGAGAGGGAUAUCGACAUUUCUGUGAACACUUUCGACCAAAUGGUGGGAGACGUUGUACUGAGUGCUCGAAAUGCGAUCUAUAUCGAUGUGAGGAUGAUGAGGUUGUGGUUAAAAAGGCCAAAGAAAAAGCAGAGAGAGAAUGGAUGGACAAGGAAGGUGGAGGAAUAGGUGGUGAUGAGAAGGUUCGAAAAGUGCUAGAGCAGAAAUGGAAAAGAGGGAGAGGUGUUACUUGGUGGGAGGGUGAGGGGUGGUGGCAAUGGAAUUUGCCGAAUAGUGAACAAAUACUUGAUAGUUUGGUUGAAGGUGUUAUUGAAUGA